AUGGAAACACUGUAUCAGAAUUCCACUGACUUUAAUUUUUUGGGACUCUUCACCAAUUCCAUGUUCCCUGGCUUGAUCUUCACUAUCAUCUUAUUUAUCUUUGUGGUGGCUAUAAUGGCCAAUGUAGUCAUGAUUCUGCUUAUCCAUGUGGACUCCAGGCUUCAUACUCCCAUGUACUUUUUACUUAGUCAACUUUCUAUCAUGGACACAGUCUACAUCUGCAUCACUGUUCCUAAGAUGUUGGCAGACCUUCUAUCCAGGGAGAAGAACAUUUCCUUUUUGGGUUGUGCAGUUCAGAUCUUCCUUUAUCUGACUUUGUUUGGAAGUGAAUCUUUCUUCUUGGGUCUCAUGGCUUAUGAUCGCUAUGUAGCUGUUUGUAACCCACUCCAUUAUCCUCUCCUUAUGAACCAUCGUGUCUGCUUACUUAUGGUGGUGGGGUCCUGGAUUGGUGGUUCCCUUGAUGGCUUUAUGUUGACCCCUGUCACUAUGAGUUUUCCUUAUUGUGGCUCACGAAAGAUCAACCACUUUUUUUGUGAAAUUCCUGCUGUGCUAAAGCUGGCAUGUGCAGACACUUCCCUAUAUGAGACCCUCAUGUAUGCCUGUUGUGUCCUGAUGCUCAUUGUUCCCAUAUCCCUUAUCUCUUUUUCUUAUAUCCGGAUCUUGGUUACUGUCACUCAGAUGAAUUCUGCUGAAGGUAGACACAAAGCCUUGGCAACCUGCUCUUCUCACAUAAUGGUAGUCAGUAUUUUCUAUGGAGCUGCUUUCUAUUCUAAUGUCUUGCCCCGUUCCUUUCACACACCAGAAAAAGACAAAAUAGUUUCAGCUUUUUAUACAAUUCUUACCCCUAUGCUCAACCCCAUGAUAUACAGCCUUAGGAAUAAAGACGUGACAGCAGCUCUAAAAAAAGCAUUGAGAAAAUGUGCUUCUUCCCAGAAAAUUCAAGGAAAGGAUUGA